UUUCCUUGUAUCUAAAACCCCUCGUUCCUGAUGUCAUUCUGAUAAAUCUCCUUCGCGUUCCCUCCAAGGCUUUAAUGUCCAUCCUCAAAUGAGGUUCCCAAAAUGGUACUCCAAAUGUGUCCUGACCCUUGAUGUGUAGAAGACUGAGUUGGGGGUCUCAAGUAUAGUAUAUCUAAGUUUGCUACUGACACAAAUUAAGCUGUGAGGGGAAUAAAAGAGGCUGCAAAGAGGUGUACAGAAGUUAGGUGAAUGGGGAAGAACACGUCAGAUGGAAGAUAAUCCAUAGAAGCGCAAAGUUAUCAACUUUGGAAGGAAAGUUUUCUUUAAAUAGUGAGAAAUUGGGAAACGUUGGUAUUCAGAGGGAGCUGGGUGCAAUUUCAAAAGCAGAUGUACACUAGCCAUUAUUGCAAAGUGACUGAGGUAUAACAGGGAAGAUAUCUUACUGCAUUUGUACAGGGCUGUGAUCAGACACUAGCUUGAGAAGGUUUCGAGUAGAAGUUUGGUACAACAUUGUGGGCCGAAGGGCCUGUACUGUGCUGUACUGUUCUAAAUUCUAAAAAAAAAGUGCAGCAACUUCCUUGCAUUUAUAAAUGUCAGACAACGCCAGUCGAAAACCUCCCCAUUCCUUCAUGAAAGAACAAGAUUCCAGAGGGUCAAAUCCUUGCUCAGUAGUUCAUGAACCAGGAUAACUCAAACCGACAGACUUUGAAUCCCUUGAAUUCUUCAAUGUUACAUCCCUGAGGGUAGCAGGUGUAGAAUAAAAGCUGUUUGGCUCCCUAGCCAUGUCUUCUGCCUCGAGACUGUGAGGUACCUGUCAAUUGCUGCUGUUUUAAUUGGUCUGCACAGCUUCUGGCAGUGGGAUUGAUGACCGGACAUAUCAAGCUUUACAAGCCGUGCACUGGGGCGUUUGUCUACCAGCUGAGGGACACGGAGACUCUGAACACCAACUUACCUGUCACGAGCCUGAACUUCUGCCCACCAGGAGCUGCCAGCGGUGACUUACUGCUGGCAACAUAUGCCAGCGGGAAGGUGAAACUGUGGCACGUGUCGACCCAGAAGUGUCUGCACACAAUCGUGGAGAACCAGCAGACGUUAGCAGCAGCUUUCAAUGCUUCAGGGACUCGCUUUGCCAGUGCAGGGUCAGCAGCUUCAAUCCGACUGUACGAUACAGCCAGCCGGCUGUGCCUCCAAACAUUCGCAUCCAGCCCAUCUCCAACAGUCAUGGAUGGUCAUCGGUCUCGUGUGUUCGCGGUGAAAUUCAACCCCCACAACUUGACAGAGCUGGUUUCAGGAGGAUGGGACGACACGGUGCAGUUCUGGACUGAAAAUCAUCCCCAUUCACUCAGGAGAAUAUUUGGCCCCCACCUGUGUGGUGAUUCUCUGCAGAUUCAUCCUGUGACCAAUGAAAUUCUGACAGGUUCGUGGAGGAGGGAGAACAGUUUGGAGAUCUGGGAUUAUCAAUCGGGAGAGAAGAUUCAAGAUAUUCCAGAGGACGAUGGUACUUACAGUCUGACAUACAGCUGCCGCUGGCUGGGACCUGACCAUCUGAUCGCUGCAGGGACCAGCAGCAACAUGUGUCGUCUGGUGCAUCGGGGAACAAUGAUGACGGUGGGUUGGUUCGGGAACCUGCCCCGAGGGGUGUACAGCACUGACGUCUCCACAGACCGAUCUGAGAAAUCAAUCAUUGCUGUUUGCAGCGAGAACUAUGUCUACCUUUUGGAACAUCAGCACGUUUAACUGAUGCAGACUCUAUUUAUCAUCUCAGUAAGAGAGACACACAGAGAGACACUCUCAUUAAAUUUCUGUAUAUUUUUCCCUU